CGUCCAAAUAUCCAAGUGUGUGUGUUGACUACUGUGGAGCAGUGUUUUUCUUCAUCAUCAAUCUGUAGUGGUAGUUUCUACUUGCUUGUUGCAUCUGCCGUUACUAUUACAAUACAAAACAAUGUAUCCGCCUAACCACCCGUGGACACUAGGCUCAUACCCCCAUCAUCAUCCGGCUUAUAAUAAUACUCAUGAUAGUAGUAAUCCAAUGUAUCAUGAUUUUACUCCUUCAAGUGAAACCCCGUCUCCUUAUCAACACCCCCCGCCCUAUACUUAUUGCUGCUUUCCUCCUCCUUUCCCACACGAAUAUCAUCAUUCUUUUCCUAAUUACUACUCCUACUACCAUCCACCACCGUUUCAUAUUUAUCCUCCGUUUCCAGCCUCAGUUUAUCCUCCACCACAUUAUUAUAAUUCUACCGAGCAGCAGCCGAGGUAUGAUCAUUGCUGCUGCUGCGGAUCCGGUCAUCGACAGGAUGAUUAUAUACAGCCACAACUUGAAGAAAAGAAAACAAUUAACCACUCCUCCACCUCCCUGCCUCCUUUCUGCCCUUAUCCAAUCUACAUGAAAACAGAAACCCCCACCGCCCCCAAAGACAAGGAUUAUAAUUCACCUGCGGCCAGCGGGGAUGCUAAAGGUUUCCCUUUCCCAAUACUUUGGUUGCCUUCUAACAACAAUCAAAUGACAAAGGAGGAGGAGGAGGAGGAGAAAAGGAAAAUUGAUGAUGGUUUGGGCAGUGAAUCGUCUGAGACAAGCACAAACCAUGUUGUCUUUCCACUGGGCACCAAUGAGGAAAAUAUAAGCCUACCAAAAUCCAAUAUUUCUCCUGAAAAACCAACAGAUCCAGUACCAAAGAAAUCUUCUAAACUGCCUCCUGUUUGUUUACGCGUUGAUCCACUGCCAAGGAAAAAGAGUUCAAAAUCUUCUUCUUAUUUGCAGCAAAGCCACUUGUCAGAAGACCUAAAAAGUAAAAGCAAGGUUAAAACCGUUGAGGUGGCCAAUCAAAGGGUUGCUGAUAGUGUACAAACAGGAUGUCAAAAGGCACAAGGUCGAUCAUCAAGUAAAGGUGAAUCUUACAUAAUGAAGAAGAAGAUGGCGGUAAAUGAAGCAGCUCUGAUCAUACAGUCUGUGUAUCGUGGUUUUCAAGUAAGGAAAUCUCAGCCACUGAUGAAACUGAGGCAGAUCUCUAAAGUUAGGAGUCAGGUUGUCGAGCUGAGACAGCGUAUUCAGGAUCUGGCAUCAUCUUCUAACACCUGCCAAAGUGAUAAGCAAAAACUAAUCAUUGGAGAGACCAUAAUGAGCCUUCUACUAAAGCUUGACACCAUUCAGGGUCUACAUCCAGUUGUACGUGACAUCAGGAAAUCAGUUGCAAAGGAGCUUGUGGGUUUGCAAGAGAAGCUUGAUUCUUAUACCCCAAUCAAGGAAACCAUGUCUAGCACUGAAUUGGUUAUGCAUCCUGGACAUGUUUCUAUCCAAGAGGGGUCUGAUCGAUCGGAUGGUAAUGUCAAAUCUAUGGGGUCUGAAGCUGCAGAAUCUCUUAAUGAUGAUGGUGCAGAAGCCUGUAAUGUUAAUCUCCAGACCAAUUCGGAGGCGCAAAAUGAGAAUACAACCCAAGAGCUUACCAACUGUCAGCUUCAGGUGUCCGUGGAAACCAAACACCCUGUGGAUGAUGCUGUCCAAGAGAAGUUUGACAAGGAUCAGGUUCCAGCAGAUUACAUUGAUGAAGAAGUGGAGUUAGAUACAUGCAUAUCUGAGAAUCAUGAGGCAGACGAAACUCAUGCUACAAAAUCCGAGAAACCAGUUGAAGAGACCACUAAGGACCGCCAAUUUCAAGUAUCAGAGCAGCCUGUAGAUGAUGCCACCCAAGAGAAGUCUGACCAACUGCAAGCAAAUCCUGAUAGCAAUGUAGGGAUAGUACAUGAAGCCAAUGCAAGUAGUACUGUGUUUGAUCAUUGUGAGGUACAAGUAGCGGAAUCUCAAGAAGAAACAAAACCUUAUGAUAUCAGGCUCGCCCCCGAAAGUCAACAGAUCUUCGAAAAUGUGGAGUCAUGGGAACAUUAUGAUCCUAUAUUCAAAGCAACAGAAUCUGUAGAUGAUGGCAACGUUGAUAGAGAACGUAUGGCAGAGAUGAAAGUUGAAACACCAGCAGUGAACGGGGUCCAGGAGGAUUAUGAUGUUGUGGUGGCACAUGAAGCUCUGCCAGCAGGGUGGAGUGGGGAAGAUGGCAAACUAAUGAAGGAUGUUGGAGUGUCGUCUGUGGAGGAGAACGAGAAGUUGAGGAUGGCGGUGGAGGAGCUGAUGAAGGAACAGUUGGGUGUGAUAAGCGAGCUGGCAGCAAGAGUGAAGGAUGUUGAGAAGAAGCUGUGCAACAACAAAAAGAAGAAGAAGAAAAUGAAAGUUAAUAAUAACAAGUGCAACACCACAAGGGUUCGUGGUUUGGAUGAUGAGCUAGUAAGGGAUUGCCUGGUGUGAUGUUUGGUAAUGAGACAAAUAAACUUGUGUUUGUUGUUUUUUUUUUUUUUUUUAAUUUUUUUCUAAAU